GUCACACGUGAUCCCGCAGUAGUUCCAGGCGGUUAGCUACAUCAGAGUGCAGGGACCAUGGAUCUGAAGGUGCGGUUGUGCUUGCUGUUGCUGGCGCUGAGCUGGUCGUCCGGCGUGGUGCGGGCCCAGGAGGAGGAGCUGGACGACGAGGUGGACAUCAUGGACGACGGGGACGUGGAGCUGGGGGACGACCUGCUGGGAGACGAGGGGGACCUCGAGGCAGACGUGGAGGAGAGCGAAGCGCCCGCGCCGCCGCCCGUACCCAAGGUCACAUACAAGGCCCCGGAGCCAAUGGGAGAACACUAUUUCGCUGAGUCAUUCGACAAGGGAACACUGGACAGUUGGGUGGUGUCUAAGGCCAAGAAGGAGGGUAUCGAUGAGGAGAUCGCCAAGUAUGAUGGUGUGUGGGAGGUUGAGGAGAUGAAGGACAGCAAGUUGCCAGGAGACAUGGGCCUGGUCCUGAAGUCCCGUGCCAAGCACCACGCCAUCUCCGCAUACCUGCUCAGACCCUUCACCUUCGACACCAAGUCCCUCAUCAUCCAGUAUGAAGUGAACUUCCAGACUGGAAUUGACUGUGGUGGUGCCUACGUCAAGCUGCUCUCUCAGACCCCUGAUCUCAACCUGGAUGAGUUUGUGGACAAGACCCCGUACACCAUCAUGUUCGGACCCGACAAGUGCGGCGAGGACUACAAGCUCCACUUUAUCUUCAGACACAAGAACCCCAAGACUGGCGAGUACGAGGAGAAGCACGCCAAGAAGCCCGACUCUGAUCUGCGCACCUACUACACAGACAAGAAGACCCACCUCUACACCCUGAUCCUGAACCCUGACAACACCUUCGAGAUCCUGAUUGACCAGACGGUGGUCAACAGCGGCAGCCUCCUGACGGACGUCACCCCCGCCGUCAACCCCCCGGCCGAGAUCGAGGAUCCCGACGACCAGAAGCCUGAGGACUGGGACGAGAGGCCCAAGAUCCAGGACCCCGACGCAGCCAAGCCCGAGGACUGGGAUGAAGAUGCCCCUGCCAAGAUCGCUGAUGAGGACGCAGUGAAGCCUGACGGCUGGCUGGAUGACGAGCCCGAGUACAUCGGUGACCCUGACGCUGUCAAACCCGAGGACUGGGAUGAGGAUAUGGAUGGCGAGUGGGAGGCUCCUCAGAUCCCCAACACCGCCUGUGAGUCUGCCCCCGGCUGUGGCAAGUGGGAGAAGCCCAUGAUUGACAACCCCAACUACAAGGGCAAGUGGAAGGCCCCCAUGAUCGAUAACCCCAAUUACCAGGGAGUAUGGAAGCCCAGGAAGAUCCCCAACCCCGACUACUUUGAGGACCUGCACCCCUUCCGCAUGACCCCCUUCAGUGCCGUGGGUCUGGAGCUCUGGUCCAUGUCCUCCGACAUCUUCUUCGAUAACUUCUUCAUCACCUACGACCGCAACACAGCUGAGCGCUGGGCCAACGAUGGCUGGGGCCUGAAGAAGGCCGCCGAGGGAGCCGCUGAGCCUGGUCUGGUGAAGCAGCUGAUGGGCGCUGCUGAGGAGCGCCCCUGGCUCUGGGUAGUCUACGUCCUCACCGUGGCCGUCCCUCUCGUCCUCAUCAUCGUCUUCUGCUGCACCGGAAAGAAGAAGCCAGCAGCAGCAGACGCAGCUGACUACAAGAAGACAGACGAGCCCCAGCCGGACGUGAAGGAAGAGGAGGAGGAAGAGGAGGCCGAGAAGGAAGAAGAGGAAGAGGAAGAGGAGGCCCCAGAGCUGGAAGGAGACGAAGAGAAGGAGGAGGAGCCAGCAGUGGUGGCGGACAAGAAGAGUGACUUAGAAGACAGUCCAGCCGAGGAGGCGGCGAACGGAGAGGAGGACGCUGGGGACAGCGAGGAGAAGGAGGACGAGGCAGAUAAAUCUGAUGAGCAGCAAGAGGAGGACAUUCUGAGAAGGUCUCCGCGAAACAGAAAAGUGCGGAAGGAAUGAUGAGCCCCCGUCAUCGUAUCUCAUCCUAGUCUCCGGUCCAAGCCGCCAACCCUCUCCCCUCCCCUGAACCCAGCCCUUUUUACCCCAAUUCCAUCCCAAACGGCACCUUGACUCUUACCCAGUCCCCUACCUCCUCUUUGCCCUCUACCCCAUUUUAAAGCGCCCUUGAAACCCCCAGCUCCCCACCCCUCCAGCCUGUCUUCCUCAGACUCACCUCGACGUUACCCCCACCCCCCUCCCGCUCCUCCUUCCCCUCCACCUGUCCAGAAUUCCAGCUCUCCUGCUCCAUCUUCCCAGAAGAGAUGACUGGACUGAAACAAAAGAAAAGGGUAUCGUGGUAAAAAAAAAUAAAGAAGACAUAAAUGAAUAAACAACGGAUACAGAAAGACAGAAGGCGAUGUUGACAAAACAACAAAAAGGUGGAACGACGGGAGCAAAGUAGAUCGAGGAUUUUCGAGGAUCAUGUCGAAAGAAGUUGACAAGAGAUUGACUUUUGUCGUAGAAUAGAUACUGUGCUUUACUAAAAAUGAAAAAUGACGAGAAUCUUUCCAUACUGUUCCACAUACUGCGGCUGCAGACACUAACCCUGCCCCCCUCGUCCAUAACUUCCUGGUGUCCCCGUAGACCCCUCCCUCUUUAUUGCUCUCUGGCGUCAUUCCUCCCCCAUAGGCAGCCCCCACAUCAUCGCUCCAGAACAGUAUUUAUCAUUCACCAAUCAGGGGAACGCUACAGAGUACACUACCCGCCCCGUUCACCACCCUUCCCAGUCUCAGCUGUUGGUCUGUGGGCAUCUCUGAUCCCAUGUGGCUACCACCACCAGGGCUGGGAGGUGUUUGGUGUUUCUAAGCACCAGGAGUGGACCAUUAGUGACGUCAUUCGGAGGUUUUCUCUCUUUUUUUGUAGUACCUGGAAAAUAAAUAUAAUAGAUGUAUAUGUGUUUGUCAGCUUUGCAUUGCCACCUACCUGGCUGCACGUGAGAACCUCUCAUUUUGUUUGUUUCAGUGGAAAACGAAAUGUUCAUUUGGCUAUUUUCCUGUCUCCACCUUGAAGUUUGACCAUUUCAUUCCAUAGGUUGCUCUGUUUUUUUUGGUUAUUUUUGGCGAUGGCUAUUUGUACGACUUUUUUUUAAUUAUUUAGGGUUUUUGUUAAAUUUUGACUGUCCCCCUGCUUUUUUUCUAUUUGGUCAGGAAAGCCCAUAGAAUAAUCUAGAAUGCUCCUCAGUGCAUCAAGAAUGACAAGUCUGGCCCCUUCUCCAACUGCAUGUUAUCCAAUGUGGGGGUUGUCCAGGGAGAAACUUUUUGUCUGUCUUCUUUAGAAUAUGCUGCCUUACUUGUAGAACGCAAGGGUUUUUUUUGCUUUUUUUCGUGAAUGUACUGUGACUUAUUUUUUAAAGUGUAUACAAUUUUUUGUUAAGAUUUUGUUUUCUAAAACAUUUUGAGUCCACAAAUCUUCCCUCCCCCCUUCUUUCUCUGUCCUGGUCUUGGUCUAAUGUAGAAGUCGGUAGUACUGUAACAUAUUCCAGCAUGUGAAAAAAGGAAAAGAGAAAUUGAUGUCUGUGUGCCGAGCUGGAUAGAGAGAGAGUGAGAGACAAAGGGUGGUAGUGGAGAAGACGUGCACUGAUGGACACCGUGACAUGUUAGGGUUGCCGAGUUUGUGUCCUUGCACGGAGAUGACUCAUCAUAAAAUUCCAGUGUCGACCGCGUUGCUUUUCCAUUGGCGGGGUGAGCUCAGUCGCCUACACAGCCAUUGGUGAGUCAGGCCCCAGUGCAGUUCCUGUGACAUCAUUUCCUUUUCCAAGUCAUGAGCAGUAGCAGCAUGGUGUCAUGUCUGCACCAUUCCAUGAAAGGUUUUAAAACACAAUCAUGUAGUGACACCGUUUUUUUAUUAUUAUUCUCACGUGGUGUGUUAGACUUGCAAAGAUAUUUAAUCAUGUUUUGUCAUUAGUGUCACUCAGACGCAGAGGCACGGGAGACAGGCUCCCUGAGUGUAAAACUAUACAAAAAAAAUGUGACCAUCCCUGGUUUUAGCCCGUACCGUUAACUUGCCCAACAUUCCCACCGGUGUAAUCCUCGCCCUUCUUUGUAAUGUUUGACUCCAAAAAGACAAAUGGAAAUGGCACUAAAGUAUGGGGUGGGGAUGAUGCAGAAGGCGAACCCUGAUUCGCCAUGGCAAAAUGCUAUGUAGUUGUUUUUACUCAUGAGCGUGAUGUGGAAACGCCAUUAGGUCCUCUAAACCGAAUGGAGGGUUUUUGCAUCACGCAUUGAGCUUUUUACCCCAAUGCGUAAGAGUUGGCACUUUUUUGAAACGACGCACCCAUUCCCUGCACCAAUCUUCACUUCACCUGAAAUAAUUAUGAAUAUAUACUGACACCUGCUGCUCUAUGAAUGAAUUUGGUGCGCGAGACAACUCCAGUCUAGUCUCAGUGCAUUGUCUUGCUCUCUCCCUCCCUCUCUCUCUCUCUCUCUCUCGGAUGCUUAGAGCCUUGCAUCUGCAUUUAAUUCCUUUUUUAAUAAUCCAUGCUUUUCCCUCAUACUGUUUUUUUAUUGUGUUUUUUGUUUAAUGUUUUGGAAAUGCUGAUUGGAAUGGAUGGCUGGAACUUUGAGAAUGGACACAAAUCAACAAAUAAAGAGAUUCUCUACUAAUGA